AUGAAUCGAGCUUUCGAGGUUCCCAAAGUCAGACUUAUAAGGCAUCAUAACCUUAUGCAAGACUAUCAACAACUGCAUAUGGAUACUGAAGCAAGGAGAAAAAGAUUACAGACAUUACGAGACAGAAAGACAACACUAAUGGCAGAAGUCCGGUUUCUUCGGCGGAGAUACAGACAUUUGAGACAGGACCAGCCUGUUAGGCAGACACAAGAUGUUAAAAUGGGCAAAGGGAGAUCAAAUGGUGGGAAGAAGAGUAAAACACAUAUCCAAAUGAUGAAAGUGUCUACUAGUAAUAAUAAGAGAAGUGAAGCAGAAACUAAACAUGUUUCACUUCCUGACUUAAACCAUUCCGGAAAUGAAACCAAAACAAGUCUUGAGAAAAGAGUUCCUCUGUUUGAUCUAAACCAGAUAUCUGGAGAAGAAGAGGAAGAAACAGAAACAUUGAAGAAUACUGAAGAGAGAAUGAGACUGAGCAGCAUCGAAAUGCAGCAGAAGAAGAAAGUGAUGAAGCUAUUGUCUUGUAGGAAUGGAGGAAACGGAUCAAAUAAGAGGAAAAUCUCAUGGCAAGAUCCUGUUGCACCUCUCAGAGUCUAAAACAGGAAGAAAAAAAAACUUUCUUCUUCUGCAAGUCAACGUCUCUUGUAACAUAUAAGCUUCACAUCAGUUUAGCUGCAUCGGUUGCUUAUCUUCUCCUUUCAAAAAAACGUUAUCCAAUUGUGGCUUGAAACUUGAAAAACCUUAUCCCUUUCUCAAUUCUUUGAAGUGGCGUUUUAAUAGAAG